AAACGAUCUGUUGCCUGGCCCUUGUCUUCUGUUGUUACAUUUGGUGUCGCUGCCUACCGACAAAUGAAAAGCCUAUACCCUGCAGUUUUUGAUGGAGACAUAUGGAUCUUCGGGCAGGACUUCAAGGCUUCUGCGCAGUUGAGUGGCGUUCAAGAUCUGUCAGCGAUGGAGCUGCUACUUGAGACGCUGCUGGGAGGUCGGGCGAAAGCAGCAUAUGAAGGUGUGGGCCGAAGUAUGGACGAAUGUUCGACAGGGUCAGGCAAACAGUUUCCAAAGUGGGAAGGACCAUAUAUGGUCACUUCGAAAUGGGGUUACGCAGACACAGUCGCAAUGGCGAACAAUGAGAGGCGCGUGAACGUCAGCGAGCUCCAGAAAUGGAUACAGCGAGACAAGCCAACGAUGACGCCUGCACCAAGUAGAUCAAGUCGACUUCAGUCGCACGUAUUUGACGGGGGGACGAGUGUGGUGAGAGCAGGCUGCUAGCCGAUUGGUUGGCACUAAUCUACGUUAAGGUCUAGGUCACUAAUAUGGGCCGUGAACAAGGCUGAGUCAACAACCAAUCACAGCGAAGUUAACGUGGCAAAAUAUGAUUCGCAGAUAGAGAACUCUGUUUGUCAAGGAAUCCCGAAACAACCAAUCAGAAGCCUGCGUUUGUCUACCUAAACAACCAAUCAGAUGACUGCGCUUGUCUAUAAUAAUGUUGUCUGAAAUAUGUAUAAAUACGUGUU